AUGAGUAACGUCGUUUCGGACAAGCCGACCACCGUCGAGGAGGUCGAGGCGCAGCCCACCAAAGUCGACCCCAUUCACCAUGUCGACGAGAAGGUCGAUUACAACAGGGCGGGUGCAAUCGAGGCAGAAAACACCGAACACCGGAUGGGUGUGCUUGAGGCCGUUCGAGCUUACCCCGCUGCCAGCUGGUGGGCAUUUGUCAUGUCAUGCACCAUUAUCAUGGAGUCGUACUGUGUUUUCCUGAUGGGCAAUUUCAUCGCCACGCCUCGAUUCGCCGAGAACUACGGCAACUACAACGCCGCACAGGACAAGUGGUUCAUCACAGCCCCGUGGCAGUCAGCUUUCCAGUGUGGCGGACCAGUUGGUGCCUUGAUCGGUGUCUUCCUCGCCGGUCCUAUCACCAGCUGGAUCGGAUACCGAUGGGCGACCAUUGGCGGCCUCAUGGCCUUGAACGGCUUCAUCCUCAUCUUCUAUUUCGGCGACUCCCUAGGAGUGCUGCUGCUGUCCCAGCUUCUCGAAGGCAUCCCCUGGGGCAUUUUCAUCGCGAAUGCACCCGCCUACUGCAGUGAGAUCGUGCCACUAAGACUGAGGGCUCCCGCGACACAAAUGUUACAGAUGUUCUGGGCCAUUGGGUCGAUCAUCGUCGGUGGUAUCACCUACCACUACCAAUCUAUGAACACCGACGCUGCUUACAGAGUCCCCAUCGCUCUCCAAUGGAUGUUCCCUACGCCUCUUGCUAUCCUCCUCUUCCUGGCACCUGAAUCACCCUGGUGGCUGGUGCGAAAGGGCCGUCUCGCCGAGGCAGAGAAGGCCGUCAGACGUCUCGGGCGUGCGAGCGCGACGGAUAAUCCCGCAGACUCGGUCUCGAUGAUGCGUCGCACAAUCGAGCUUGAAAAGACCGAGAAGGCGCCCAGUCUCAUUGAACUGUGGAAAGGCACCGAUCGCUACCGGACGCUCAUUGUGUGUGGUGUGUAUGCGGCUCAGAAUCUGACGGGUAAUUUGAUCGCCAACCAGGCGGUCUACUUUUUCGAGCGCGCCGGCAUGGCCACCAACACGGCAUUUGCCCUCGGUCUCAUUACAUCAGCCCUCCAGACCAUCAUGGUCAUACUCUCGUGGAUCCUCACCACUUACCUGGGCCGACGCACGAUCUACGUCUGGGGUUCUUUUAUCAACUGCGCUUUUCUGGUCGCCCUCGGUAUCGCCGCUUCAGUUGGUGGUGGUACUGCGGCUACCCAGGCGCAAGCAUCACUUGGCCUGAUCGUUUCUGUGCUGUUCUGCUUGGGACCCGCCCCUGCCUCGUGGGUCAUUAUCGGAGAGACGUCUUCCAUCCGUCUCAGGCCAUUGACCACUGGUGUCGGUCGUGGUGCCUAUUACGCCGUCAACAUUCCUUGUAUCUUCCUGGCGAGCUACAUGCUCAACCCGGACCAGGCCAACCUCGGUGGCAAGUGCGGCUACGUCUGGGCCGGUACUGCCUUCGUCUGCACGGCCAUGGCUUACAUCUGGUUGCCGGAGAUGAAGAACCGAUCUUACCGCGAAAUUGACAUCUUGUUCAGACGUCGUGUCCCAGCUCGCAAGUGGAAAAAGACCCCCGUCGAUAUCAACGACGACGAGUAG